UGGUUACACUUGUUGGCAUGCUAUAAGUUUAAUUGACUACUACUGAACUUUGUUCUGCAUAAUGGUUAUCAUUGAGCAUUCCGUUAUGUUUAAACUGUUUAUUUGAAAUGCUUAAAUUUUACCCACCGGCUAUCCAUACAUUUACUUACUGAGUUUAUCUCAUAGUUUUUCCUUGUCCACCAUUUCAGGAAGCGAAACCAAAGACGGGGAAACCGAGGGGAGUGACGAGGUAGAAGGCUAGCCAUUCCAAUUGGAUAUAAGUUUUAGAUUUUAUCAUCCUUUUGUAAGUUAGAUUUUAUUCUUGAGAUUUGUGAUUUGAAUAAGUUCCGAGCCUUGUGCAUUUGUGGGACCCGUCUCACGAGUGUACGGCGUCUGUCGCGCCUCGAAUUCGGGUUCUGGGGCGUGACACCACUGUAGCAGCAGUACUUAAUUCACGAAAGCCUAAAUGCGUGCUGUUUCAAAAUCAUAUCAAUGAUUAUGUAUAUAUGUAUAUAUAUAUAUAUAUGUAUGUAUUGGAGAUGGGGAUUUCAAUAUCAAUCAAUAAUAGUAGGGGCCAUUA